AUGUUACGUAAAAGAAAAAAAAACUUCCAGAAACUCUACGGAUCGGAAAAAAGUUUCCGCACGCAGAAGGUACUAAUUGCGGCAAAACUAGCUAAUGUUGAGGUUUCGUUGUCUGAAGAAAAGCCGCCACAUACCAAAUUUCCUCUUGGUGUGACUCCCGCCUAUGAAGAUGGUGAAAAUUGUCUCUUCGGUGCAGAGGCUAUUGCUCUUUACCUGUGCGGCAAGACACUGAAAACAGAAAAUUGUGCUGAAGUUCUUCAAUGGAUGCAGUGGUCAGAAGGAAGUUUGCUCCCAAAUGUUCUUGGUUACGUUUUGCCGAGUGUAUCGGCUGCCAGAGUUGACCAUAAAGCCGUUGAGUACGCUAAGCAUGAAUUACUAGGUCAGCUGAAAUGUUUUAAUGAUCUGCUGCUGACCCGUACAUUUUUAGUUGGAGAGCGUUUGUCUCUUGCAGAUAUAUCUGUAGCGCUGGAUCUGCUGCCAGCUUAUCAGUAUGUGCUUGAUGAUUCGGCUCGCUCUAAUUUAACUAAUUUGAAUCGAUGGUUUAAAACCAUAGUUCAUCAGCAGGCUGUGAAAGCUGUCAUCGGUGAAGUGUCUUUUGUAACGAAUGCUUUACAAUUUGAUAGUAAGUUUCAUUUGAAGAAGCCAGAAAAACAAAAAAAAGCUCAUCAUGAAGAAGAGAUGGAUGCUACCGAAGAGGCUUUAGCUUCUGAGCCGAAAGCUUCAGAUCCAUUUGCUGCUAUGCCUAAAGGAAGCUUUGUGAUGGAUACGUUCAAAAGAGUGUAUUCCAAUGAAGAUACUGCAACCAAAGCCAUACCUUAUUUUUGGGAAAACUUUGAUCCUCAGAACUACUCUAUUUGGUUUGCAGAGUAUAAAUAUCCAAAAGAAUUGGCGCUCACUUUCAUGAGCUGCAAUCUGAUCACUGGAAUGUUCCAGAGGUUAGAAAAAUUGAAGAAGAAUGCUUUUGCUUCAGUUUGCCUGUUUGGAACAGAUAAUAAUUCUACUAUCUCGGGUAUUUGGGUUUGGCGUGGUCACGAACUAGCUUUCACUUUGUCGCCAGACUGGCAGGUAGACUAUGAGAGUUAUGACUGGAAAAAGCUCGACCCUUCGGACCCAUCAACAAAAAAACUUGUUAAUGAGUAUCUAAUGUGGGAAGGAGAAUUCGGUGGCAAAAAGUUUAAUCAAGGAAAAAUCUUCAAGUAA